AAAUUCAUUCUCAUUUUUCCAAUAAGCGUGUGUAAUAGUGUGUAUGACAAAUACCCUUUACCCAUUUGCCUAAAUUGUGUGCUUACCUCUCUCGUUGGACAUGGAAAAAACUCCUGCCACGGAAGCUGAGGACCUUGAGAUUGAAAACCAAUAUUAUGGACUUCCUUUGUUCCAAGCCACAUCUGAAUUCAGCUGCAGCGUGGUGUCAGAAGAUGUUAAGAUAGAUGUAGUGCCAACACAAACCAGAAUGGAGAGAAGACUGAUCAGGAUCGAACAAUUAACCAAAAGAUUCACUUCAAAUCCAAAUUCCAGCAGUCUGUUGGCGACAAGUAGUAGUAGUUCAUCGAAGUCGACCAAAGAGCAGUCCUUGGAUCACACUAAUUCGGAAGAAGAGAAUAUAAUUGGCGCACAUAGAUUCAUGGAUCUUGAUUUUUACAAGGCUGUCAUAAAAGAUGAUGUUGACGGUUUCAUUGAUACCCUUGAACGAGUUUCAACAGAGAAGGAACUAUCUCUACGUGCUAUUUUUGACCAAGUAAGCCCCUCUGGGAACUCAUUGCUCCAUAUAGCCGCUAGCUUUGAUAAUUGUGACACAGUGAGGCUGAUAGCUAAACACUCCCCAUGGCUUCUUUCCAAGAAAAAUUUCAAAGGCGAUACGCCACUCCAUAUUGCUGCCAGAGCCGGAUACCUAAACACUGUCAUGAAGUUAUUGGUUCUCAAUUCAUCUGAGCCUGAGGCUGAGAGUGAAAGCACAACUUUUUUAUUGUGUUUGAGGGCUCAAAAUGAGGAGGGAAACACUGCCUUGCACGAAGCUCUGAUAAAUGGGCAUGAAAUGCUGGCCUUUUCUCUAAUAUACAUGCUCAUGCAAGAACCUGAACCGCUGUAUUAUUUAAAUAACAAGGAAGGGAAGUCACCAUUGUAUCUGGCAACUGAGGCUUGUUUCUAUGGUUGUGUCAGUACUAUGUUGGACCAAAUAAUUAAGUAUGACAACCAAUAUGGAAAGCUACAAGGAAAGUCACCUGUUCAAGCUGCCAUUAUGAAGCAGAAUACAGAUAUUUUAGAUUUGAUACUCAAGAAGAAGCCAGAUUGGAUUCAUUUACGGGAUGAAGAGGGAAGGACACCUCUCCAUUGGGCAGCAUCUAUUGGAUACCUUGAAGGUGUUCGUCUCUUGCUUGGUAGAAAUGCUUCCAUUGCCACUGAAAGGGAUAAAAAUGGUCUCUUCCCAAUUCACAUAGCCUCCGCCAAGGGUCAUGUUCAUCUCAUUCAAGAGUUGCUUCAGUAUUGGCCCAAUUCAAGAGAGUUGCUCAACCAUAAUGGUCAAAAUAUUCUACACGUUGCAGCUACAACUGGAGAACUUAAUGUAGUGAACUACAUCCUUAAAACUCCUGGACUUGAGUCGCUUAUAAACGAUACGGAUAAUGAUGGAAAUACACCCUUGCAUUUGGCCACCAUGCAUUGGCAUCCCAAACUUGUUAGUGCUUUUACGUGGGACAAGAAGGUGGACCUAACAUUGAUUAACAGUGAAGGAUUAACAGCUCUUGAUAUUGCUGAAUGCUCUAUUGGAAACACGUUGACCUUUCGACAGCGACUGACAAUGAUUCCAUUAAGAGCUGCCGGUGUGCCAAGAAAUCCUAGUGCCAAUGCUCGAAGACAAUGUUUUAUUAGAUUGGAGGAACAGAAGACGGACAUCUGUAAAGACAAAGUCAACACACUUCUGUUGGUGUCCACCGUUGUUGCCACAGUGACCUUUGCUGCUGGAUUUUCAAUUCCUGGUGGCUAUAACUCCUCUGGCGAAGAUUCUGGCACAGCCACUUUGAUAACACACAACUUAUUUCACGUUUUCAUUUUUUGUGACACUAUAGCAAUGUAUAGCUCCGUUGUUGUUGCUGUCACUCUGAUUUGGGCUCAAUUAGGGGACGUCCAUUUAGUGCUUAUCGCGCUUAAAACAGCAUCACCACUUCUUGGAGUUGCACUUGCCACAAUGUCUUUGGCUUUCUUGGCUGCAGUAUACCUUGUUGUGAGCACACUCAAUUGGCUUGCCAAUGUUAUUAUGAUCAUGGGUUUGGUCUUCUUGGUGGCUCUUAUAGCACUCUACUUCUUACUUUGGUUCCCGAUGUCAUCGAGUUGCCUUAUAUUGCGUUACGUAUCUUACUAUCCUUUUUGUCUUCUGGUACUGGUGGCUGGAAGUGGUGAAUUGGUAGUGUGAUAUGCUUAAUGCUUGAGUGGCUGCACUCUGUUGUCUACAUCUUUUCCUGUAAUGCUUGUAUCGUGUACUCUUUGCUAUCAUUAUAUAUGACUUUGAGAUGUAUUACGACAGUAUUUUGUUUUUGUUUUGAGUUAUGAUGGAGAUAUCAACCUAUCAUAUAUCAUAUGUAUACUAUAUUUGGGUUUAGAAGCCUCCAUCA